AUGAGCCUUCCGCCACUGGCACCCUUGCCACCUGCCAACAUUCGCCUCAGCUUGGGACCUGAGGAGUGGGAAGCAUGUUUAGAGGCGUGGCUGACAUUAUCUGAACUCACGCUACGAUUGCCUGCUUCAGACUUCAGCACUGCGGCCAGCGAAAAGGGCAGCUUACCUGCCUUCCUCACAUCGUUCUACCAAGAAGUUGCACACCUCCCGCCAGGUGACACCACCUUCAGCAGCUCGAAAGCCGUUCGGCUUCGCAAGCUCGCAUUCAGGUUGUCAUCUCGUGCUCUGACAGAGCCAUCUUCCACUUCACCUACUCUACUGAGCUGGACUUUCCUGGCCGACUUCUGUCAUGUUCAUCUCAAGAGUUCCGCACUACGGCAGCAGCUCAAUGCAUUGUGGAAGGCCAAGUCCGAGCUUCUCACACCAGUCAUACGGAAGACGAAAGACUCCUUAACCAAGCUGCUAGAGGCGAAGGAUGUUGCAGGUGCAAUGGGCUAUCUAUCGACACUGGCUCCUGUCUUGCAUGCCUCGGCGGACAUGGGAGCGUUCUUCAUGACCGGGUUUGACUUCCUGGACUCCUUGAUAUCGGCAUAUGCUCGAACACUGGACAAUGCACAAAAGAGGUCAAUAUCGACAGUCGCUUAUCUGGGCCUCCUUGCUCUUGUUCGUACCGAGGUACCUACAACAUCCGUUUUGUCUGAUCAUCUUUUCACGUUGCGAACGGCGGCAGACAAGUCCACGCCGCAGGCAUCGCUGCUGGCAGAUGUUGUCACCAAUACUGCACUGGUCGCGAGACUACGGCACGCAAUUAGUGGCAAAGCACCCGAGCGCUUAUCCAAACUCUUGGACACGCUUGUAACUUAUCGUUCUCUAAGCAUCGCACGACCCAGAAAGCAUGUGCACAGAAAGCAAAGCAAGGGCAAGGCAAGGCAGGCACAUCCGGAUGCCGAAUUCCACAUGCAUCGCAUGAGCCUGGUCACACAAAUGCAGGAUCUCUUUCCGGACCUUGGCUCUGGCUUUGUACUCAGAUUGUUGGACGAGUAUGAAGACAGUGUCGAGCAGGUCACUGCACAUCUACUAGACGAGUCUUUACCCGGGCAUCUGUCUGGUCUUGACAGGACAGAGCAGGCUCCAGUCUAUGAUACGGAGCCGCAGUCAAAGAUCGAUCAUCUGGCACCAAGAUCGACGCCACCCCCUAAAGAUCACUACAUACCUGAGCGCAGGAACGUGUUUGACGAUGACGAACUUGACAGACUGGACUUUGACACGAAACGACUCAGAAUCGGCAAGCAGAGGAUGAGUACUGCGCAAGAAGAUCAGCCAAAUAAAGCUGCAAUUCUAUCUGCUCUGGCAGCAUUCGAUUCCGAUGACGACGAGCGGGACGACACGUACGAUGUCGAAGAUGUCGGUGGCACUGUUGAUACCGCUCAUCCUGAUGGCGAACCAGGUCCGGCGGCACGAGUCACAAACGAAGAGAAUGACAUGGCGCUUUUCAAAGUCUACAAGUCAUCGCCGGAGCUAUUUGGCCGCACUUUCGACGUCAGAAAGGGACAACCACGACAAGCGCUAAAGUCACAGACAGGAAUGACAGACGAAGCGAUUGAAGGCUGGGCCAUAAUGCUGCAGCGUGAUCCCAGGAGAGCCAAGCGAUUGGAAGCGCAAGCAGGAGGCUACGACGGGCGGCAAACAGAGCUCGCUAGGACAUCGUAUCGUGAGAGUCCGGGAAAUACAGAAACAGAAGAUUCGGACGCGCCUGGCGGAAGGGGUGGAUUCCGUGGUCGUGGCAGAGGUCGUGGCGGUAGAGGUCGCGGACGAGGCGGGAACGUUGCUGGACCCUCGGGUGAAGCAAGUACAGUUCAAGCUCAAAGACGGAAAGAGGCGAACAAGAGCAGCAGAGCGAAUCACAACCGGCGCGAUGGGAGAGCCAAGAAAAUGGCACGCGGUGGAUUUCCAGGGUGA